GCCUCGCCGCCUCCACCACCAGCAACACUCCUCGCACUCGCCGCUUCGCUCAGCCGGCACUCAACGCCGCCUCCCGCACGCACACCUGUGCUGCAGUCCAUGCCGCUCGCUGCGCUGGCUCGGCGCGCAGGCGGCGCUGGCCUGCGCGCGCGCACGCUGCUGUCACAUGCCCAUCGCGCACCUCCCCUCGUGUCGGCUGCUCCCGCUGCGGCGCCGCAACGACGGGUAGUCGCACCGGCACAGCGCUGGAACAGCACGACGACUUAUGCGCGUGCGGCGGAGCCCGCUGCACCGGCGGCGCCCGUGGCUCCGGAACUGCGACGCUGGGAGAGCCUUGGUCUCAAUCCACGCCUCGCGCGUCAGCUACUCGACUCUUUCCCGCACCUGACGCAUCCAUCAGCGGCACAGCGAGCGCUGCUGCCGGCGCUCGGCUCGCGUGCCGAUGUGCUGCUGCGGGCGCACACGGGCACGGGUAAGAGCCUGGCGCUGCUGCUCGGCCUGCUCGCCAUGCCGCGCAUCACCUUUGCGCCGCCGCCGCGCGAGAGCGUCUCGCCCAACGCGCGCCUGACCGCUGCUAUGCUCGCAGCACCGCCGACGCAUGGCACGGCGUCACUGCUGCUUGUGCCCUCGACGGCGCUCGCCCUGCAGUACGUCGAGUGGGCCCGCCGCCUCUUCCCGUCGAGCGCCCUGCCAUCCCUCGACCCCGUCGUGCAGGCGCUCGUGCGUGGCGGCAACGUCUCGCCCGAGGCGCAACUGCAGGCGCUGCGCACGUCGCCGCCGCAUCUUCUCAUCGCCACGCCCUCGCGCCUCCUCGAGCUUUUCGCCAGCGAGCCGGCAUAUGUGGCACUACUUGGCCUACGCACGCUGCGCACGCUGGCGCUCGAUGAAGUCGAUGCGCUGCUCGCGCUGCCACCGCGCUUCCCAUCUGCAAAGCUGGCCUGGAACCACAGCAAGCACCCGCCGGCCGGCCUGCAAGUGCUCGAGCACAUGAUGAAGCUGCGCCCUACCUACUCCGGCGGCGACGUGCUGCCGUCUGCCGGCCUCGAGCCCGGUCGCUCACGCCGCGGUGACGAGCGGCGGCCGCCAGAGCAUGUCCGCCGCACGGCACAUCUGGCGCGCGAGAACGCCGCACAUGCGGCACCGCGGCCGCGCGACGACAUCGGUGAGCCGCUGCAGCUCGUGUGUGUCAGUGCCACGGCCAACGCCGUGCUGCGUCACUUCCUCGCGGCGCGCACCGGCUGGCUGCGCACCGGAGUCACAGACGGCGGCGCCGGGCGCUGGAUCGACUGCACGGGCCUCAGCGCUGGUGCGGCAGGCGCCGAGAGCGCGCCGUGGGGCGAGUUUGAGGAGAAGGAGCGCCUGCCGGUCAGCAUUCCGCGCGAGCUUGCGCAUUCGUGCAUCGUCGUCGAUGCGCCGGCAGACGACGAUGGCACCCUGCCGCAGAUGCGCAACAUCAGCAUGCCCGACGCCAAGCUGGCAAGGUCUUCAGUCGAGGAGGAUGCACUCGAUGUUCCGUCUCGGGGCGCAGCGAAGGACCUUGACGCAAGGACCGAAGCGGACGAGCUCAGCGAGGCCGAUGCGAGCUCCUCAGGCGCCGAGCUUCGUGGCGCCACCGUGCUGACCACCACCGCGCCGGCCGAGGACGUCGUUGAUGCGGCGCUGCUUCGCGCCCUCGCCUUCCUCUACGCCUCUGAAGGUGUCACUCGCGCUCUGGCACUCAUCCCACCACGCUGGUCGUUGCGCACCGCCCGCGAGGUGCUCCGCAGCCUGGGCGUUCCGGUCCGCACGCUAGCAGAGGCCAGCCAGGCCGAGGGCGAAGACGUGCUCUUCCUUCACCAGGCAACCGACGUGCGUGGCCUCGACCUACCUGCCCUGUCGCACGUGUACAUUGUCGGUCUGCCAGCCGUUGGCGACUCGGUGCGCUACACGCAUCUCGCCGGCCGCGCGGGCCGCAUCGGUGGCGCUCCCGCCUCGGCGCCACGCGAAGGCCGCGCGAAGGGCAAGGUCGUCUCGCUCGUGCGCGGUCUCGAGCCGGAGCAGCGCGAGACGGGCGCAGUCAGCUCGGCGGAGAAGAAGAUGUCCAGCCUUUUCUCGCGCCUGUCGGUUCGCCUGCGGCGCAUCGAUCUCGACACGGCAUUCCAGGCGCUCGAGCAAGCAGCGGUUGAGCCGGCGCUGGACGAGUCGGUGCUGAACGAGCCGGUACUCGGUGAGCCGCCGGCGCCGCGACACCCACACUUUGACGGCGAAGCCUCGUCGUCGCUGCCAGAAGCAGCGCCUCGCCGCCGGAAAGCUGCGCCCGCUUCUGCGCCCGCCGCUGCACCUCGCCAAUCGCGCGGUGCCUUCUCAAGGAGGAAGCGAAGCAGCACGCCUCCGCCGCCUGCUGCCGACAGCAGGUCGAAUCCCGAUCGGUUCUUCUGAGACGCUGCCUCUGUCCAGACUUCCCUUGCCGCACGCCAGCUUCACCUCUCACCCCUCACUUGUACUCUACGCACUGCCUCACUCAUGCACAUCUUCAGCACCC